UUCUGUCAGCAUGCUGUCGAUAGCACUUCUCUACAUUUUGGCCAUGGUUUUCCCUGCAACCAAUACUUUACCUUUAUACUCAGAUACAGCACUUGCACCACAAGAAGACUUUUUUCAGAAACUGGUGACACAAAUAGAUGAUGGACAGAAUGAUGACCUGAGUGCUGUCAAAUCCAUUGUUCCAAUUUUGCUUCACCAGGAAAGAAACAGAGACUCCUGGCCUAAAGGAAAUAAAGAAAAUCUUCAGCAGGAUAAAAUGAAGCACAUGGCGGAUGACCUCAAGGAAAUAGUUAUGAAAUUAGCAGCAGCAGAUAGCCUGGGUUCUCAAGGCUUUCUUCGAUCUGAGCAGAACAUACCCAAACCCAACAAGAGAGCCUGUUUUUGGAAAUACUGUGUAACAAACUAGGAGUCCUGUGGGAAUUAGAAGGGAUCGGUCAUCAUAAAGGUCACUUAUGAAACAUCAACCCAGCAGGCCUUUUA